CUUCCGCGGCCCUUAUGGAAUGUGUGGUGGCCCUCCUUCAUGGCCGGGGCUCCCAGCCGGCGACCCUUGUGGUAAACGCGUGCCGUGAACAUCUUUGAGCAUAAAGCUUUGUCUCUGUAUUUAGAAUUACGUCCUUCAGAGAAACUCUGAAAAGUGCAAGCACUAGAGCCGAAGGCUCGCAGAGCCCAGAGGCCUGACACCUAUGCCACAUCCCCACCCGUUACCCUCCUGCCAGCCACCGCCAUUCACCACCUGCGUGCAUACCCAGGCUCCUUUUUUUUUUUUUCUCUUGAUCUUUGUUAACUUGAAUGACAAGAAACGGUAACUCAUGCCUUAUUUAAUUCUCUUUGUGAAAGUAAUAAAUACAGGUUUUCCCACUAUCAGUAGGGCACUCCUAUGAAGGCUUUCAUAAGCUGAGAUGGCAUAAAGCAAAGAGCCAAUUUCCAUUAAUUUAUAUGAAAAAAAAAAACACCUUAGCAUUCCCAGACCCCAAAAUAACCUUCCUUAGGCUUUUCUGAGAUGUUAGGAUACAUCUUGCUAACAGAUGCUCAACCUAAAUCGAGAUAAAGCGCAGAUGCCCACAGACACAGGUCAGGGCUCUGGGGCUGGAUGCUGGGUGCGGAGGUGGUCCCCAGGAAGGGGCUGGGCAGCCCCACCCAGCUGCUUGCCGCCUCUGCAAGGGCUCACUGCAAAACAGCUAAGCGCCAUUUUCCCUUUUUGCCUUUUUUCAUAAAAGCAAACAUCCUCUUCAGACUUUUCAGUUAGCAAAAGCAGGUACCAAUGCAGGUCUUUCUUCAAAGUAAAGCCGGGAUGAAGUGGGUGCCCGCAGAGUUAGGAAAGCCGGCGGGAGGCGUCAGCUCCGGCUCUCGGUCCUGCGGUCCUGCGGAGCACCCCGCACGCCGCUGUGCUUACAUACCCGUGCACUUCGGGCGCUGGAGGACGGGGGCCCCGUCUCUUGCACACCACCCCCGGCACCACACACAGUCCACUCCCUCUGGAGCUGACCAUCGCCCUGUUCUGUGCUUGUUUCUCUGCCGUUCCCCAGUCGCGCCCAAAUGCCACCGCGCCCUCCUCAGCACUGCCACUACGAGCCCACACUGACGUGUGUCCCAUGUGUCAGAAGCCCUCUGUCCUCCCGGCGGCCCCAGCCCAGCCCACGUUACAGGCGAAGAAAGGGAGGCACAGAUGGAUUAGCUGGACUGCCCAGGAAUUUCCCCAGCCAGCACCAUCGAGGCCAAGCAUGGCAAUGCCAGACAGACGGCCCCCGCAGGGAAAGCCUCGUCUGCGAUAGACAGGAUGCGCAGAUGGCCUCGCCUGCACAGGGCACCAGGCCCUACGGUCACCAGAGACAGAAGCCAGCCGCAAGCAGAAGCCCAAGUCCAGGAUCCCAGGCGGCACCCCUCCCCAGCGCUAGGACCAUGGGCUGCCCAAAGAUCCCAUAGAGGGGUGGGGGUGGUGUCUUCCCAGAGGUGCCCCCGCCCUCGCGUUCCCGCGCCUGCAGCCCGAAGCCGCGCCCACUUCAUCCACCGUCGGGGACCACACACUCGGACCCAUGUCAGUGGGAAGAGAGGCAAGCGGUCCAGGAUUGCAGGGGUCCGGUGGAGCCACACCUGGGUGCCAGGCUGGGCCCAUGAGAGACCAAUGGGGAGCAACCAAGAGGAGCAGGUCCUGCACUCGCUACGCCAGCUGGGACCGGAUGCAGACCUCCUGGACGACACUGGUAUUGCCAGGCCUCGGGCCGCUCUCCUGGAGAGGCACCUGCCGGAGGGGGAGAAACAGCCCCACAGCAUCGGGCAGGGGCCCUACUUCUACGUCGGAGGCACCAAUGGGGCCUCCAUAAUCAGCUCCUACUGCAGGGGCAAGGGUUGGCAGCGCGUCCAAGACAGCCGGCGUGAGGACUGUAAGCUGAAGUGGUGUGAGCUCAAGUGCAGAGACAACUACUACCGCUUCCGGGAAGGUGAGCAGCUGUUGUACCAGAUUCCCAACAACAAGCUCCUCACCACCAAGAUCGGGCUGCUCAGUGCCCUGAGGGAGUACUCAAGGGUCGUGAACAAGAUCCACAAGACAUCACCCUGUGCCCAGGCCAAGGUCCUGAAAAUGGAAGAAUUUUUCCCAGAGACCUACCGUCUGGAUAUCAGGGACGAGAGAGAGGCGUUCUUCACUCUCUUUGAUGAAAAUCAGAUAUGGAUCUGCAAGCCCACUGCCUCCAACCAGGGCAAAGGCAUCUUUCUGCUGAGGAACCAGGAGGAAGUCGCCGCCCUACGAGUCAAGACCCAGAGCAUCGAGGACGAUCCCAUCUACCGCAAGAUGCCGUUCAGGGCGCCUCAGGCGCGGGUCGUGCAGAGGUACAUCCAGAACCCCCUGCUACUGGAUGGGAAGAAGUUUGAUGUGCGCUCCUACCUGCUCAUUGCCUGUGCCAUGCCGUACAUGGUCUUCUUUGGCCAUGGCUAUGCCCGCCUCACCCUCAGCCUUUAUGACCCCCAUUCCAGCGACCUCAGCGGCCACCUGACCAACCAGUUCAUGCAGAAGAAGAGCCCCCUGUACGUGCUGCUCAAGGAGGACACAGUGUGGAGCAUGGACCGCCUCAACCGCCACAUCAACGACAAAUUUAGGAAGACCAAGGGGCUCCCCAGAGACUGGGUCUUCACCGCCUUCACGAAGCAGAUGCAGCAAAUCAUGGCCCACUGCUUCCAGGCUGUCAAGUCCAAGCUCCACUGCAAGCUGGGCUACUUCGACCUCAUUGGCUGUGACUUCUUGAUUGAUGAGAACUUCAAGGUGUGGCUGCUGGAGAUGAACUCCAACCCUGCCCUGCACACCAACUGUGAAGUCCUGAAGGAGGUGAUUCCAGGCGUGGUCAUGGAGACCCUGGACCUGGCAAUCGAGACCUUUCAGAAGAGCUUGCGCAACCAGAAGAUGCUGCCUCUGCGGUCACAGCGCCGCUUUGUGCUCCUGCACAACGGCGAGACGGACCUGUGGCCGCGCUUUGGGGGCUCCCGCGGCGCCCUCCGCCCGCCGCUGCCCCCGCCCCGGCCUGCGUGCGAGGCCGACUGCUCCGCGCCACCUCCGCUCAGCGCGGCCGACGGUCCGGGCGCGCGCAGGCCCGCGCUACCCCGGAGCCCCGGGGGCGCGCACGGGCGGCCACCCUCGGCGCAGAGGCGGCCCCGACCGCCCGGCCCUGGCCCCGACGGCGCCCAGAGCCGGGAGCCCGGGGCCGAGCGGCCGCGAGCGGGCGCUGGGGAGCCGGCGCGAGAGUCCUCCCCGGGGCUGGGAGAGGAGGAGCGCGAGGAGCGCAAGAACGCGGGUCAUCGCGGCUCCUAGCGGGCGGGCCACCAGCGCCCUCUCGGGACCUAUAAAGGCUACUUUGUUACAAACGGUC